UCCAACACUUUCUCUGUUUUAAAGAAUUUAGGUAGUUUAAUAGAUAUCUAGUUGAAAUGGCUUUCUAUGGCUUUGUUUUUUGUUGUUUUUUUAUGAAUCACAAUAGCAGUUCUAUAUGUUGUGCCUUCUUUAAUAUAAUCUAAUUAUCUUUAUUAUUUGUCCUUUAAUCAAUUUUUAAGGAGAGUGUUAAUCUUCUCAUGUUGUCGUUCUCUAUGUUGUUUUAGAGUUAUGUUUCUUUUUUUGUCUCAACAAUGGAGAAAAUAAAAUUGACAGUUAUUAGCUUUCUUCUCAAAAUGACGUUUUAGCUGCUGACCCAGCUUUUGCAAGAAUGUGUGGCUCUUACAUGAACCCCUGUUAGUCAAGAUUCGUCCUGAUGAGAACAUAGGUGGUGUAACAUUAGCAGUUUGCACGUUAAGAAAUACUAUCACCAAUCGGUACAAAUGUAUUUUCUUGACACAGUUUUGCAUUUAUAAAAAAACAAAGAAUUUACUGAAAACUCCAUUGAUCAACUCCCUUAUAUAUGAUGCAGUGCACCAUCACUUGGUAUUUUGAAAUCAAAUUAACUUUGCUUAUAAUGUUUAGCCUAUACCCACCAGCCAAUCACAGGUAAUUAUUUUGCUACAGCUUAAGUUUUUUUACUAAAUACUUUUCAAAGCACAGAUCUCAUUAGAGGUAAGAUCCUUUGAUUGUUUUGAAAAGAUGAGAAGGACAGAAGAAUCUUGAAAAUAAAUAUUUAUUUGAUCCACAUAAAAAUCCUCAGUACUAGGAUAAUAGCUAUACAUCUGCUUAGAAAUCCAAAAAUUGCUUAAUUUAAUUUCAUGUUAUAAAUGUUUCAAACUGAUUAGAAAAAACCUAAUACGUGGGUGCUUUCUAUCAGGAUGUAUUUGUUGCCACAGCAUUACAUAUUGGAUCAUAUGUGGCCCCAUGUGUCACAGUCACCCGGCACAUUUCCUGCAUUAAAUGACUUUCCUGAGUCAGUCUGGAAAAUAGAAGUCACCAACAAGUACACCAGAUGUGACCCACAUUUGAUAAAUUAGAUGGUUUGACACCCAGUAAGUUCACAUCUGGGGCAAGCAUCAGAAUUUCUGCUUGAAAAAGCAAUUUUUAAACCCAGAAAUAUGAAAAAUAUAGAAAAAACAUUUAAAGCAAUUUAAACAUAUCUUAAAAUUACAAUAUGCAAUAUGUUUGACCCAUGGAGCAGCAGGUGAUGUGAUGUGUGCAUUCAAAUAAGUUUAUUAAAAACUUUCAUUUCUUAAAUGAAGUUUUCAAAACCAAAAGAUGGCGAGACCAAAUAAAAGACAUAUUUGCUUAUCAUGCACAAUGUUAACUUAAAUGCAUAAAAAAGGAGGAGCAUAUCUCAACUCAGUGAAAACCACUGUAACCUUCUCAACAGUUAAUAAUGGUAAUGCAGUAACCUCCCCCCACAAAGUUUCAGAAGACCUAGGCCAAGCCUAAAUACUUUCUAUGGAUAAAAAUAACUUUCCCUUGUAGCUCUUAUGUAGAACACAACUUGAACAUUUCUGCAAUUUUUACAUUGUUGCUUUUGACCUCUUGGCUGCCUCUCUGAGCAGUUUACAGUACAUCCUUUUAUUCAAAUUGGAGAAAGAUCCAAUCUUUUUUAAAUGAAAAUUUGCCCCAUAAUUCCCCAAAUAUUGAUAACUGCCUGCUCUAUAUGCCACCAUGUUAACUAAACAAUGGAACUUUAAAUGCUGAAUCUGGAUCAGGUCAUGCUUUGAAAAAUGUUUUGUUAAAGAGUAUUCACAGUAAUACAACCAGGUAAUUGCAGCUUUUUACAUCUCUAUUUUUGGCCUUCCAAAUAUAAAUGCACUUUUCUUUUGAAUUAUAUGAUACAUGUCAUGUCAAAUUUCUACAAAGCUUUAGUGACUAAUCUUUUUUUUUCUUAAUCACAGAUAAACUAGAAUUUUGAAAAGAAUGGGACUUUUGAGAGUCUCUUUACUUUGCAGCAUUGAACAUAUUGUCAUCAAACUUGAUGUUAUAGAAGCCAAAACAAGUGAAAAUUGAAUGGUUAGAUGACAGGGUCAGAGCAUCUCACAAAACACAGCUCUUUUGGAAUUUUCCUGGUCUUUAUUGGUAAGUAUCUAUAAACAACCAGUUAAAGGAAGGAACUGUGGUGAACUGGUGACAUGGUCAUGGCUUUGCCUUAGGAAUAGUUUGGAGAGAAUAAUUUGGGUCCAAAGUCUCAAGAUCUGCUGCUUACAUCUUGGUGUCACCACAGCACCUUUAGGUCCGUACCUCCAGGGGUCAAGGCUGUGUUGACAGAAAAAGCGAUCAACACACAAUUAAGAAGGGUUCAUAGUGUUAUGGCUAAUUGGUCUAUUUAGAGUAGUGGGGAAUUAUAUUUACUCAAUAAUUCCUCACAAUGAUACAGUUGAGACUGUAGGACGGUGUUUUUGAAGACAAGGGAGCUUUGAGCAGCUGCUCAUGGAAUAUUUUGGCAAAAAUGAUCAAAUCACUGAACCUUAAGAUUUAAAAACAUAAUCUAACAGUUUCAUGUGAACAGACUAGUUUGAAAUGCAAAAUCUACAAAUGCUAAAACUCCACUAUGCCUGGAAAUGUAUUUGUUGAAGUCUAAGCAAAACCAAAAGAUUAAAUCGACGCGUGUUCUUGGAAUUUAAUCAAGAGACCAAGUAACCACAAUUUCUGUGUCUACUUAUGAGCAAGCAGCCUUGAAGAGAGGAGGAGCACAGGAGAGGCAUAUACUAGACAGAUAGGACACCACAAGAUCUGAAUAACGUUUUGUACAAGGAGAUUUUAGAUUAAGAAAACACAGCUCUCAUUAGAAGAACACAUUUCUCAAGGUUUAGAAACCUCACUUUCAUUGAAAAAAAAGCACAAACAAGAUUAAAAAAGACUAAAUAAAAACUCUUCACUAAAUAUUAGUGACGAGUGUGAACAACUUUAUGUAUGUCUGUUUGUGUGUACAGUAUGUGUGUGUGUGUGUGCGUGCGUGUAGGGGUGCAUGUGUUGUUUAGUUUAAUUAAAUGCCAAAAAAUAGAAAAGAGUGAAAAGGUUUUCAGUUAUUUUAUACAGUGUUCUGGAAAUAAUUUGGUUUUUAAGUAAUAUAUCUGAAAUUAUACAAGAAAUGCAACUAAGCUUAGAUUUUUUAUCACAGUCAUUUUACGGGUUGAUAUUUAUAAAAUCCAAACAUUUUUAACAGUUAUAAAAAUAAGAAAAUGCAAUAAAAUUGUGAUUCUUUUCUGUAUUCUAAAGAGCAUUUAAAAUUCAUCCACUUUUGACAGUAAUUUCAGUUGCUUAAACAAUAAGUGAAUGUAACUAAAGUACAAAUAAAAACAAUGACAAAAGUUACAUUGUAUUCCCAUGAUGGUAUUAGAGCAUGGAAGGAUGGGGAUGAAACUUAUGGAAUAAAAUAUUCAUACAUAACAAAAGCAGGAGAAGAAGCUUUAGCAUGAAAUGCUUUAUAACUCACUUUAAUCUACAGCCCGGGCAACUAUCUCUGCAAUAUUAUCAUCAGCUGACCCAGUAAUGAUCACAGUCUGUUUGCCAUCUCCUCUAAAUGAGCCUUUGUCUUUACUCUCAAUUCUUAAUGCUUCUUUUAAGCUCCAGAAUAAAUAUUGAACAUGAAGUAAAAAGCAAGCACAUUCUCUUUUUUAUUUAUUUUUCCACAGGAAAUUGCUAGUAUCAUCAACUGGAUGUAAAACUCUCAAGAUCAGAAGGUUAGAUCUGAAAUGGGGGAAAUGAAGGAAAGAACUUGUUUAGAUUCUCCGAAUCCCAACGCCUCAUCACAAAUAGCCAAUGAAUUUUGUGAGAAUCUGCAAAUCUACAUGGUUCUGACAGACCUGGAGAAGAAAGCCAUUGGCACCAUUUGCUUCCUGGGUGGUCCGAUAACACUGAUGGAGAACGUCCUUGUCCUUGGAGUUAUUGCCACCUCAGCGAUGCUGAGACAGAAGCCCUCUUAUCUGUUCAUUGGCAGCCUCGCCCUGGCAGAUAUUUUCGCUAGCUGCUUCUUCACCACAAGUUUCCUGGACUUUCAUCUCUUCCGCCGCUGUGAUGGUCCAACUGCAUAUCUCUUCAAGUUAGGAGGGGUUACCAUGGCCUUCAGUUCUUCAGUUGGGAGCUUGCUGCUAACUGCACUGGACCGAUACCUGUGCAUCCACCAGGCGUCCAGUUACAAGGUUCUGCUAACCCGACGAAGGGCCCUGCUGAGUCUCCUGAUUCUCUGGAGCAUCACCAUCUUCAUCUCCUGCUUGCCACUCAUGGGCUGGAGGUGUCCCACAGUGCUUAACCCUCCGUGCUCAUGCUUGUUCCCCUUCAUCAGCCCAAGCUACUUGGCCUGCUGGACUACCUUUAUCUUGAUACUUCUCACAUUAAUUUUGGUGGCCUACGCCCUGAUCCUGUGGAAGGCCCACCGUCAUGAAUCUUCCAUGACCAGCCUCCAGGGGGCAGCAGGUGCCGGUCAGGCCCGCAUGAGAAUGGAUAUUCGACUGGCUCGUACUUUUGGUUUGAUUCUCCUCAUACUGGUGGGGAGCUGGCUCCCUGUACUUAUCUUCAUGCUGGUUGAUGUCUCUAUAGUCUUGACUCCUACCCAGCAGAGAGCUUUUGCCUUUUGCAGCACCCUUUGCCUACUGAAUUCUGCGGUCAACCCACUGCUUUAUGCCCUGCGGUGCAGAGAGCUAAGAAUUGCUCUGCUGCAGUCUCUACAAAGGUCAUGUGGUUUCUGGAAGUGUAAAAACUCUACAAAUGACUUACAUCUCACAGGGCAUUCUGCAGAAGACAACUGUGCUACAGUGUCUGAUGACACUCUGGCAGUGAGAACCCCUCAACUCGACUCAGUCUGUGAAAUAGUGAACAAUAAGUCGAGUUAAAUAAACACAGUGGAACAUUGUAAUAAAUUAGCAGCUCAGAUGGAGGAAGACUUGAAGGGUGCUGGUGAAGGACUGUAAAACCAUCAACACAAUGUAAUGAUGUAAAUACUUUGAUAAAAAAUGAAAUAUACAAAAUACAACCUGACAUUUUUAUUGUAGAUUUUUUUUUCUUAUUAAAGACAAAAUGACUGUCAGUGACAUUUUAUUAUUCAUUGUUUUUUUUUCCCUUGGAACAAUGAACCUAGAUGCAAUGCAUAAUUAAUAAGGUAAUAAGCAAACAGAUUUAAAUCUGGCACUGAAAAGAAUACCAGUAUAAUAUGACCAAAACAGAACACAAAUGGAACUAAAAGCUCAAACACCUGUCUUCAUCAGAACAGGGAAACUGGACAGAAUUGAUGACGAUAGAUAAUGCUAAACACAAACCAAUGUUGGAAGAAAAUCUGUGUGUGGUUAUAGACUGGUGUAGAUGUUUUUGUUUCCAACAAGAUGAAAUGGUUUAAAUCAGAGGUGCUAAAAUCCAGUCCUCAAGAGCCACCAUUCUGCAACAUUGCUACUCCAACCCACCUGAAUAAAAUGAACUGCUCAUUACCAGGCCUCUGCCGAGAUGAUGUUAGCUGGAGGUAGUAAAAACUCCAGUAUUUUUCUAAUGCUUGGCAAUAUUGUUGAAGCCAAAUAUAGGACACUGCAAAUGUGUGAGAGAAUGUAAUCUGGUCAGAUGAAACAAAAAAAAAUUCUUCAUGCGAAACAUGCAUGAAAGAAAACUAACAUUUAGAAAUGCAGUGAAACAUGGUAGUAGCAGUAUCAUGCUGUGGGGUCAUAUUUUUUUUCAGUAGGGACAGGAAAGCUGAUUCAAGCUAAAUGUACUGAUUUAAUACAUAGAUAGAACUAAGCACAAGGAAAUCCUGGGAAAAAUAGUGAGAGGCAAGAGAACACUUGAUAAAAUCAGUUCAGUUAGAAAAUAAACAGAAGGAUUCAAAGGUUAAGGGAUUUGUGGUGCUGAUGAAAAAGCAUUUUAAAACACUGCUGUAAUUAUCAUGAUAUAUGUAUUAUCGAUCAAGAAUGACAAUUCCAAUUGAAGUCUGGCAUUUCUACCUUUCCUAAUAAAAGACUGUGAACAUAUCAAAUUUUGUGUAACUUGUAUUUAAGCAAAUUGUAAUACCAGUAAUGUUGUAAUAUUACAUUAACCGUGGACCUUUAUUCUAUUUCAAGAAAGACAUAAUAAGCAUUUACUUUUCUUAUUUAUUGUAGGAUUUUCUGUACAUGGUCUCAUGGAACUAAAACGGUUCCGGUAAAAAUGUUGCAAAUACUUAAAUGAAAGCAAAGAAAAAGAUUUGUGUGUUAGUAUGCACUUAACCAUUGGUUUGACUAAUUUAGGCUGAAUACUGUUUCACCUCUUGAUCUUCUGUGUACUAACUUUACAGUUGUAAGUAGCGGGGCACACACAAAUUUCUAAGUUUUUCCUAGUUAUGCUUUGAAAAAGUUACAAAUGUAAAUAUUUUUCAGUUUUUGUUUUCUCAAUGACAGUUACAAAAAUUACAAAUUGCAUGGAUUAUUUGGGGGAUUUUUGAGUUGAUUUAAGAGUGUCUUUCAUUGUUUCUACAUAAGUUUUGCAUUUUUUGGGCCUGAUAUGUCUUAGUUUUCGGAGAUUUCAUGUUUUAUUUUAGAUCUUUAAGAUCCUGUGAAUUUUUCUUUUUUUAAGAUGAAGUAGACCAUGUAAGCUUAUCUGCCUUCCAAAGCCCAAUUUAGUAGACUAAAUGCUUGUAACAAAGAAUAUCUAACCCCUAAACAAUCACAAUUAAAAACUUACAUGUCCUCAA